ACAGCAUACUCCCUGUGUCUCUGGCACCGCUCAGCAGGGACAGACUCAAACCUCUGCACAGUGGGUGUGCUUUGAGGCUCAAUCAAAAGCAGGAACAUUUAAGAAAGUGGGCCUCUCUCUGGAGCUGCUGACGGGCGAGGAUGGCGAACUCGUUUACCCGGAUGAUUUCAGGGCAGAACACGGCGGCAGUCAUGGCCGGCCUGGGGGCGCUGGCCUCCGGCUUCCUGCUGAGCAAGGCGGACGACGCCCUGUCUGCCGGCGAGAGAAGGAAGAUGUACCCACCCAGUGCUGAUUACCCAGAUGUGCGCAUGCACAACAACUGCAUGGCGGCGGCGCUUACGCCCGGUAUCUACGCCCGGCUGCGAGACAAGGUCACGCCCAACGACUGGACCCUGGACCAGUGCAUUCAGACGGGCGUGGACAACCCCGGGCACCCCUUCAUCAAGACCGUGGGCAUGGUGGCCGGGGACGAGGAGAGCUACGAGGUGUUUGCUGACCUCUUUGACCCAGUAAUCAAGGCCAGGCACAAUGGCUAUGACCCCAGGACCAUGACGCACCCCACUGACCUGGACAGCUCUAAGAUCACCUCCGGGAUGUUCGAUGAGCGCUACGUCCUGUCGUCCCGGGUACGCACAGGGCGGAGUAUCCGGGGCCUCAGCCUGCCCCCGGCCUGCUCCCGCUCCGAGAGGCGAGAGGUGGAGCGGGUGGCGGUGCAGGCCCUGUCCGGCCUGCAGGGGGAGCUCUCCGGCCACUAUUACAGCCUGGGGGAGAUGACCGAGCAAGAGCAGCAGAGGCUCAUCGAUGAGCACUUCCUGUUUGAUAAGCCGGUCUCUCCGCUACUAACUGCAGCUGGGAUGGCCAGAGAUUGGCCCGAUGCUCGCGGGAUUUGGCACAACAACGAGAAGAACUUCUUGAUAUGGAUCAACGAGGAGGACCACACCCGCAUCAUCUCCAUGGAGAAGGGUGGCAACAUGAAGAGGGUGUUUGAGAGGUUCUGCAGGGGGCUUCAAGAGGUAGAGCGGCUGAUUAAGGAGAGGGGCUGGGAGUUCAUGUGGAACGAGCAUCUGGGCUACAUCCUGACCUGCCCCUCCAACCUGGGGACUGGCCUGAGGGCAGGGGUGCACAUGCGCCUGCCCCUUCUCAGCAAGGAUUCCCGCUUCAAAAAGAUCCUGGACAACCUGCGGCUCCAGAAACGAGGCACCGGGGGUGUGGACACCGCCGCUGUGGGCGAUACCUUCGACAUUUCAAACAACGACCGCCUGGGCAAAUCUGAGGUGGAGCUGGUUCAGCUGGUCAUUGACGGGGUCAACUACCUGAUUGAGUGUGAAAAGAGACUGGAGCGGGGCCAAGACAUCAAGAUCCCACCCCCCGUCCCCCAGUUCAAGAAAUGAGGACCCCUCUUUCUCUGUGAGAGUUUUGGGGACGACCUUCUGCUUGCUGUGUAACUGAAGGUUUCUCACCUACUGUAUCAAUAAAUGUCUGUUGUGGCUGAUAGUUAGCAGCUAUAGUACAAAGUGAAACUUGUCCACAUACUGAGUUCACAGUUUAGAAGUAUAAUUGUGUCGGAAUGUUGCAGGCAGCAAUAUAAUUUCUGAGUGCUUAAAGUGAGUGUGCUGACAUCUUCUUUUUUUUUUUUACGUUUUACACUGUAAAUGGUUAGCAGUUGGCACCACAAGGCAAUCAGUAGCUAGCUAGCUGUUGACUAGCCAACUGCCAGCUGUAUAGGGGCGACAUAGCUCAGGAGGUAAGACCGAUUGUCUGGCAGUUGGAGGGUUGCCGGUUCAAACCC